UACUAGCUUAGUCUAACUCACUUUGCUCCUCACCAAUAAUUCCCCUUAGAGUCUGCUGGUUCCUCGUGGCGCGCGACACUGUUGACCAAGAGUGGCCGAUCGAUGGGUGGACUGGCUGAACAGUUGGGAGGAUGGGAGGUCCAGAUCCUGCUGCUUUCAAGCUUGCUGCUACAAGUGCUCCUGCUCGUCUUCACCGAGUGGCGCCGGCGUGCAUCCCGCUGGGCUCUGCUGUCCGCAGCGCUGAAUGGCAUCCUGUGGCUGCUGUACCUGCUGGCCGACUCGGUGGCGAUCUACGUGCUGGGCCACAUGUCCCUGAGCUGCAAGCCACGCGAGCAGCAGCAGCUCAUGGCGUUCUGGGCGUCCUUGCUGCUGGUGCACCUGGGUGGACAGGACACGGUCACCGCCUACGCCAUGGAGGACAACGACCUGUGGCUGCGGCACUUGUUUACUCUGGUGGUGCAGGCCGCCGGAGCGGCCUAUGUGCUGUACAAGUAUGUUGCCAGCGGGGCUUUGCUUGCCGCAUCCGUGCUUAUGUUCAUGGUAGGCGUCAUCAAGUACGGGGAGAGGAUAUACGCCCUCAAGUCCUCCGGCCUUGACAGCAUCCGGAAGUUCCUCGACGGCUUUGAGGUGCCGGACCUUGAAAAGAAGUACAAAGCCCCGGCUCAUCCUGAUGACCCGGAGGAGGUCCUGCAGGGAGCCCAUGACCUUCUCCAUAUCUGUAUGGGCCAGUUGGUGGAUUACAAGGUCUGGCCGUCCCUGUUCCAGACCGGAGCCAUAUUGGUGUAUCAUGGUGAUGGCACUACCACUAGGCGCAACAUGUUGCCGCAGUUGGUUGGCAUGCAGCUCUCCCUGAUGCGUGACAUUCUCUACACCAAGGCCAUGGUGAUUGGCGCUUGGUACGGAUGCCUGUCCCGAAUUGUCUCCCUUGUCGCCACUAUCGUGGCGUUCCACCUCUUCCAGGCGUCCACUUCCACUAUGGGGGGUUACAGGUACAACAGGCGGGACAGGGUCGUCACCUACACCUUGUUGGCUGGGGCCUUCCUGUUGGAAUUGGUAUCCCUGCUGAGGAUAGUCAUGUCAACAUGGACAUGCGCCCAGUUACAAGCUUCAGGGUGGGAAUGGCUACACACGCAUGUGGCGUGCCUUCGCAAGCGUGCCAAGGCCGCAGAGAGAUGUAGGAAGUGGUCGGGCUCCAUCGGGCAACACGACAUUUUUCAGCUGGACCAGUACCGACAGAAGAAUACAUACUUGAGGUCGUGUAUGGAUUUUUUCAGGCUAGGGCAAUGGUGGAGUAGGCUGCGUUUCUUCGGCUCUGUUGCGAUCUCACACGAUGUGGAGGACCUAGUGGUGGCACAAAUCAAGCAUAUGGUACAAGCCUAUGCACAAAACAACCGCAUCCUAGGUGUCCCUGGCCAGCUCGUGCUCGGCAGAUGGGGUAAGGAUGGCGCUGGCGCCGAAUUAUACAACGGUGUGCACGGAGUGGAGGAGGCUGGUUUUGGCGGCAGCAUACUCGCCUUGCACUAUGCCACCGGCGCCUUUCUCCGCACUCGGGGUGUAAAUGUGCCAUCUAGAGAAGGUCGCAUCAACGCGAUCGACACACUGUCGAGAUACAUGGUGUUCCUUCUUGUGGAGCGGCCUCACUUGCUGCCAAGCCCAGUUCGUCGAAGCCAGUACGAUAGCUUCUGCGACAAGUUCAAGGAGUUCAAGGAUACCCGGCGACAGCGGCAGCUGCAAGGAGCCUACAUCCGACCAGAAGUACAACUUGCAAAUAACAUGCUGAACAUGCGCGAGGCUCAGCCUCGGGGUAAGGGGGUUGACAAGGUGCUGCAAGUCAUCUCACAGGUGUGGGUGGAGAUGUUGUGCUACGCAGCCAGCCACUGCAGCAACGACUCCCAUGCCAGGCAGCUCAGCAGCGGCACCGAGUUCAUCACUCUCACCUGGAUUCUCACCACCUCCUUGUACUAUCACUAUCAGUCGUCUCAGCCUAGGAACGACCAGUUUAACGAGAUUGCGCGCCGCUUCCUCGAAAGACAUGAAAGGCGGAGAAAAAAGGUAAAACAGGCCAUCGCAAUCUUACUAUGUGGUCCGCGUGUGUGACCAUUGUUGUGACUUGUAAGAGCAGUUUCACUAGUAUAAAAGGGAUCAUUUGUCUCGGUU